AUGGAUCGUGUAAAAGUUCAAUUGGGUUUCCACAAUGCAUUCGCGGUAAAGUGUAAGAUUUUGAGAAACCCUAAUGUGAGGGUGUCAAGAGCAGGAGGCUUGUGCUUACUAUGGAGAGAGGAUAUUAAGGUGUCCCAUAGCACCUACUCGGAUAACCAUAUUGAUGUCCUUGUUGGAAAUGUGAGUGACAUAAACCGUUGGAGGUUUACAGGACAAGAAAUCAAGGUAUGUCUGGAUCGCUUCAUGGCUACCCAGGAAUGGACGGACAUUUUCUCGGUGUCCCGGGUUACCAACUUGAAACCUUCAAAGUCAGAUCACCUUCCGAUUCUGUUGGAGCGUUGUGAAAAGAGGUUGGGAAGACGUAGAGGCAGAGAUCCUUUUCAAACUGUUUGUUUAAAGAUUGAGCACACUAGACAAGCUUUGUGGGAAUGGAGCAAGCAUAAGUUUGGUAAUUUGAAGGCUGAGAUUGAGCGCACAAGGGCAAAAUUGGCUGUGUAUUUUGAUAAAUCAUUGUCUGCAUACCCUGAAGAGGAACGUGACAUGAAUACUCAGUUUUUUCACCAAAGAGCUAGCAACAGGAAGAGAAGGAAUGAGAUGAAGGGACUAUUCAAUAAUGAAGGAGUUUGGUGCACGGAGGAUACUGAGUUGGAAAAAAUUGUGCUUGACUAUUUUGGUAAUUUGUUUACAACUAGUCACCCUACAAACAUGGAGUUGUUUACUAAUCUAUUUCCACAAGUUAUCUCAAAUGAGAUGAACAUGGAGUUAGUUAAGGAGUUUGAAGAGAGUGAAGUACUCAAGGCGUUGAAACAAAUGCAUCCUUUGAAGGCCCCAGGUCCAGACGGUUUCUCCCCCAUAUUCUAUCAAUGCUAUUGGUCAGUGGUGGGCAGGGAUGUCACUGCCGCGGCGUUGCUUCAUGAACUCUGA